AUGGCAAAGACACGAAGAAUGAGCUGGAAGAGAACGAUCCCGAGUGAUGAGAAUGAAAUUGAGAGAGAGCGUGCAGCAAACUUAAGAAGGCUCGGACUGAGUGUGCAAUCGGAACAUAGAAUCAGUGGGCUUUUAUCUCCUCUAAUUCCGGUAACUAUGAUGCAAACCUUUGAUGAAUCUGCCGACUAUUACCGUGAAUGUGAAAAAAGUCAGUUCCGGACGGCACUCAUUCAUGGCGAGGGACCCGCUGUUCCCACAAUCAUAUCCGGCUGCAGACGUCUACUGUGUAGGGCCCCAAACGGGAGGCCAGGUUUCUUCGUUGACCCGGAGUCUGGCCUAGCACUCGCUUAUUGGUUCCCCUUGUGGAUGCACAGCAUUAUUGUUGACAUCCCACAAACUCCAGGCUAUUAUAGCUGUGUACCUACAGGAGAGGAAGGCGAUCCAGACGUACGGACGGGCUUUGAGAACCUUGCAUGUCCGAUCGCGAGGGGCCCAUAA